GUUUGGAUGAUUUCAUUUGAGAUAUGCUUGGUCUGUGCAACAUGGAGAUUCAUUGACAUGUGAAAAAAUCAGAACGCUUGGAUUGGAUAGUCUGGUUGGUGGGGAAACCCCACAUGUGUAUAAUGUAGUGGUGGAUGAAGAGUACAUGAUAGAAAUGAAGAUCGUUUCGGCACUAGUGUAACAAGGCAAAUAUAGACACGUUUCUCUUUGUAACCUGCUUCACAUGGGUUUGUUGUUUUGCCAGCUAAAAUUUCUUGGACUUCCAGCGACCACUAAAUAACGUAUUUUCUGUGAUCGGCCUUCAGCAUUGUAGCUUUUUGAAGCACGUGAGACGGGACCUCGGUGGUAUAUAUCCGGGAGGGCGCUCAAGUCAGCAGCAGUACACAUACACACCUCUCUUCUCUUCUCUUGUUUUACUAGUUUUAAUAUUUCCCAUCUUCUUAUAGACCCUUUCACUUACUCAUCACACAUCCACAUCCACAAACAAAAUGUCAUCCGUAUCAUCUGAAAAUAUAUCCUUUGAGCACUUUGAUCCAAAGUACGAACUUGGGAAUCUUGAUCAGAACGGACAACCCGUUCGUCCACGGAAAAAGCCAGGCCGCAAGCCUAAUCCACCGUCACCGGCCCAACGCAAGGCACAAAACCGAGCUGCCCAACGCGCGUUUCGCGAGCGCAAACGACGCGAGAUGCAGGAGGCCGAAUUGAACGUCAAACGUAGCAUGUACCAGCGCGACCAAGCCAUCCAAGAAGCCAACCUGUUGCGUCAAAAGAACGAAGAGCUCCUUUACGAAAACAACUAUUUGAAGGGAUUCGUCCUGACGUUGAAACUGGCGUGCAUGGCCAACCGCGUAGAUGUGCCCAAAUUCUGGGAUGCAAACAAGACCGAUGUCUAUGGAUCUGAGCGCUUGACAUUCUCGCGAACCAAGGGUAUUCCACAGUCGCUCGAAUUUUUCUUGGAUCGACACCAGCAUAUCAUUAGUUUUCCCCCUUCAUCCGAUGGUAACCCCGACAAGCAGAAUGACAAGAAUCUCUUGGCAAAGGUUUCGUCGUCGCCUCCAUCCACAAUCCAGGAUUUGUACUCUUCUUUACUCGAUAGCACCAGUAGCACCCCAGCAUCAUCAUCGAUUUUCAAUACUACAUCGUCAUCCACCUCGGCACCACCACCAUCAUCAUCCCAUGCCGCAAAUGACCUGGAUGUCGCUUCGAUUGCUCCGCAGCUAGCCAGUCAUCUCGAGUCGUCCUUUUUCCAACAAUUAUUAGGCACCGAUUUAGUUGCACGCGGUGCAGCAAAUGACCUUGCCAGCCUUUUGACAGAAUCCACUUUUUCGACACAUACUUCGCCGGACAGCAACAAUAGCGAUGACCAUACCGAUAUGGAUCUAUCUGUAUAUUUGAACGAUCCCAUGGAUACAUUCUUCGAUGCCGACAACCAAACCAAGAAUAUGGUGUCUACGACGGCAGAGGAAGAAGACAACGCAAGCGCAUACAGCAUUGGUACCAGUUGUAGCAGCAAUGAAGAAGAGGAAUUGACAGUGAAGGGAGAACCAGUUGCAUCUACUGCAGCCAAGCUGCCAUCGCUGGGACCCAGGGAUGCUAUCGCGCGCUUGCGAGCAUUACAAAACGCGGGCAAGGAUAGAACUCUGUUCACACCGACUGAAUUACAACGAACGAUUCCUCAUGACACACGCAUUGAUCUCAUUCCUGGAGCAGCCAUGCGCGACCACAUGAUUUUAUUCCAAGACUUUUACAACGUCGACGAUAUGUUAAUUACAUUGAUCGAAAAUGCCGUCUUCACGGGCGGAGAGAUUGGUAACCCGGAUUGUUGGCUAGUGCCGAAACGUUUUCUGGUCAAGUAUUGGUUCUUGUUGCCAAACCACCGGCCUAAGAAACGUACAGAUGAUGCUGUGGAAACCGUUGUCAAUUUUGGCCAGCAAAUGAUGCAAAUGCUUGUGGAACGAAAACAAAUGUAUAUCGACCGUGAACAGUAUCCUGCCCAUUUUCCACGACAGCAACAACAACAACAACAACAACAGCAGUGCGACAAUCAUCAACAUUCCCAACAGCAUGAACCAUCAUCAUCGAUACCCUCUUCCCUUUUGGAGACCAUGAAUGUCUUUAUGACAGCCAACAAUGACAUUUUCGCUGCAAGUUAGAAAGACACUGCAAACGCACAUUUACACGCAUUCUAUUCAUCUGCUGGCUGGCUAGCCCUGUUGUUCUUUCCUUCUUUAUUUUUGACAAUCGCAUUAUACAAAUCGCAUCACCAUGAUCUAGAUGAUAGCUUUUUUUUCUCUCUCGUCCACAAGGAUAUGCACACACACAUAUACUACCACCCUUCUCAUCACUGCUCUUGUGUUUUCGCACAAAUAUGGUCUAUGUGUAUAGUAAUUUUGUAGUAUGUAUCGAUGUGUAUCUCUGUUAAUAAGCAUUUAUUCGUUGUUGUAAAAGUGUCACCAUUUCUCUCUUAUUGUAUCUAUAUUGUAUGUAUGCGUGUGUUAUAAAUAAUGUCAUUAUACAAAGGAACCAAAGAAAAAAAGUAACUUGCUUGUACUGUACGUAAUCUUCUUUGAUCCUAAACAAUCCGCAUAAAUUAAAACUUUCUUUUUGAC